GAAGUUGUUCAGGGGAGGGGAGACGGCUGUGAUGGGGGGGACUUAUGGGGGGGCCGUCCCUCUUCAGGUGAAGCCGCUGAUGGAGAUGGAGCCGCGGCCACCACUGAGUGCCUGGGUCCAGGCUCCGGCCCGGUUUCCACCGCCUCAGUGACCCCCCCACUCCCCCCGCACUGGACCGCCCGGGCCAGAGUAGGGGGCCCCCCGCUGCCCCGCCUCCCUCUCCCCCAAUACCGUCCCCUCUCUCCUCUCUCUCUCACUCUCAUCCCCACCCCCCCACGGCCUGCGCGCGCGCGGAGCUGCCUCAGUUCAAAUCUGCAGCCCGCACUUCCCCACAUGGGAAGAACGUGCCACUUUUUACCCGCUCCCCAACAUCCACAAAGGAAUUAUUUUCUCUCAAACUGGCAAUCUCUCUUCCUUGAGCACACACACAAAAUAGCCAAGGAAAAAUAAAGCUCCAAGAUUCCCCAGGUCCUAGAGUAUCUCUGCUCCAAGUCCCUCUACUUGAAGAAAGCUUACUGAAUGGACUGUCAGAGCAAGCUUCUUUGAUAGCAGAGGAGCCUGGAAACAUCUUUCUGACCCAAACAACAUCUACAUGGGGAGGACAGGGAAGCACAAAGAACGAGAGAAAAGAUGCAUUCAUCUGAGAUCUAAAAGGAGACAAUGAGGUGAUAUUUCCCCCACUGCCCAGGUGUUGUGUUUCCAGCUCUUACCCCUUCUUAUGUGAGAGCCUGGCCAUUGCUAGGAUGACCCGGGAACUCAUCCCCUCUGCACUGCUCUCCAAGCACUUGGAUAAUGAAGCUGAGCUGUCUUCGUCUGUGUUGUAUGUAUGUAGACAGAAGCUCACAUCUACAGCCUGGUGAAAAAAUGGGGCAGAUAUCUUUCUGCUGUAAAGACAGACACAUGAGCUGAGAAAAGCAUCAGCUCCACCUACAGGGAAAGGGUCUCCUCUCAGAACACAUCCAGCACCCCUCUGGAGUAAGACGGUGUUGCUGUCGCAGAGCCUGGGGAAACAGAAGUUGCGGGUCGGAGGAGACCUUAGGGUUUCAGAAUCUAAGAUGGACAUAGAAGACUGCAAUGGCCGCUCCUAUAUGUCUGGUAGCGGGGACUCAUCUCUGGAGAAGGAGUUCCUUGGGGCCCCAGUGGGGCCCUCGGUGAGCACCCCCAACAGCCAGCAUUCUUCUCCCAGCCGCUCACUCAGUGCCAACUCCAUCAAGGUGGAGAUGUACAGCGAUGAGGAGUCGAGCAGACUACUGGGGCCGGAUGAACGGCUCCUGGAGAAGGACGAUAGUGUGAUCGUGGAAGACUCAUUGUCGGAGCCCCUGGGCUACUGUGAUGGGAGUGGGCCAGAGCCCCACUCCCCCGGUGGCAUCCGGCUGCCCAACGGCAAGCUCAAAUGUGAUGUCUGUGGCAUGGUCUGCAUCGGACCCAAUGUGCUCAUGGUGCACAAGCGCAGUCACACAGGGGAAAGGCCCUUCCACUGCAACCAGUGUGGUGCCUCCUUCACUCAAAAGGGGAACCUGCUGCGCCACAUCAAGCUGCACUCUGGAGAGAAGCCCUUCAAGUGUCCCUUCUGCAACUAUGCCUGCCGCCGGCGUGAUGCACUCACCGGCCACCUCCGAACACACUCGGUCUCCUCGCCCACAGUGGGCAAGCCCUACAAGUGUAACUACUGCGGCCGCAGCUACAAACAGCAGAGCACCCUGGAGGAGCACAAGGAGCGGUGUCACAACUACCUGCAGAGUCUCAGCACUGAAGCCCAAGCUCUGGCUGGCCAACCAGGUGAUGAGAUACGUGACCUGGAGAUGGUGCCAGACUCUAUGCUGCACUCGUCCUCUGAGAGGCCAACUUUCAUUGAUCGUCUGGCCAACAGCCUCACCAAACGCAAGCGUUCCACCCCCCAGAAGUUUGUAGGCGAGAAGCAGAUGCGCUUCAGCCUCUCAGACCUCCCCUAUGAUGUGAAUUCGGGUGGCUAUGAGAAGGAUGUGGAGUUGGUGGCACACCAUGGCCUGGAGCCUGGCUUUGGAGGUUCUCUGGCCUUUGUGGGGGCAGAGCACCUGCGUCCCCUCCGCCUUCCACCUACCAAUUGCAUCUCAGAACUCACACCCGUCAUCAGCUCUGUCUACACCCAGAUGCAGCCCCUCCCUGGUCGACUGGAGCUUCCAGGAUCCCGAGAAGCGGGUGAGGGACCCGAGGACCUGGCUGAUGGAGGUCCCCUCCUCUACCGGGCCCGCGGCCCCCUUACUGACCCUGGGGCGUCCCCCAGCAAUGGCUGCCAAGACUCCACAGAUACAGAGAGCAACCACGAAGAUCGGGUUGGGGGUGUGGUAUCCCUCCCUCAGGGUCCCCCACCCCAGCCACCUCCCACCAUUGUGGUGGGCCGGCCCAGUCCCGCCUACGCCAAAGAAGACCCCAAGCCACAGGAGGGGUUACUGCGGGGCACUCCAGGCCCCUCCAAGGAAGUGCUUCGGGUGGUGGGUGAGAGCGGUGAGCCCGUGAAGGCCUUCAAGUGUGAGCACUGCCGGAUCCUCUUCCUUGACCACGUCAUGUUCACCAUCCACAUGGGCUGCCACGGCUUCAGAGACCCUCUUGAGUGCAACAUCUGUGGCUACCACAGCCAGGACCGGUACGAAUUCUCUUCCCACAUUGUCCGGGGUGAGCACAAAGUGGGCUAGCCACCCACUGCCCUCGCCUUGGUCCACCCCUCCACAGCCCUAUCCACAGGAGUCUAUCCCUGUCCCUACCACAUCCCAAGGAGUUUUGCUGUGUAGCCCCCUCCACUGGCUACCUAACUUCACACUUGACCCUGAAUCCUUUUCACCUAUUCUCUUCUCCUAACCUGACUGAUUUAAGCAUUGUGAUUAAACAGGUCUUUUAUUAUGUUUCUCCUUUUUCUCUCAACCUGUUAUCCCAUCAUACUCACUGAGUUAUUUAUUAAUAUAAUUAGUUGGUUUUUUAAAAACUUGUAUCAGUCACUUGCCACUCCCCCACCCUCCUGCCCACAGUCCCCUUCCACUUUAGGUGGGAAGCUCCUCUUAAUAUUAAGGAAUCUUGAGCUUCUUGUUUUAAGUCCUCAUAUUUUGCAUUAUGUGAUUCUUCAGUUUUGAUGCUGAUAGCUCCCUCUGGCCUGGUCCUACCUUAGCUCCGUGGCAUUAUAUCUCCUCUCUGGGACCCUCCAGCCUGGUACUUCAUACCUCUUGUGCCCUCUCAUAUUAGGCAGCUUGCACUUUCCUCAAACAAAUGAAGAAUUCCCUCAUUUGGAGGUAGGAGGGGCUGAAGAAAUUCUCCCAUCACCAUGGGACUAAGAGUCCUCUUGACAUCCCCCUAGUAACGAGUUCCCCAAAGCCCACAUUCAGGAUCUCCUUCUAGGAUGUGACGAUGUAUCUCUUACCACUUCUUGAACAACCCCCAACACUGCUCUACUCUCUUUAACCUGCCAGUCUACUCAGUGGUAGCUUUUCUCUCCUUGGAGUGCCCCAAUUUUAUAUUCUCAGGGGCCAAGGCUAGGUCUGCAGUCCUCUGUCUCUGACACACUGGGAGCCACAGGUGCCUAACUGGGAACCAGGGCGUGGGAAGGGGUGAGGCAAAAUUCUGCUCGUACUCUUCCACCUCUCAGACUUCUUCACUCUGGUGACCUUCCUAGGCGUUCAGGGGCUCCACAGCCCCCUUCCUAGGAGAAACUACUGGGUUGCUGCCUGAUGACAAGGGGGCAUCUCCCCCUCAGUCAUUCUGCCUUCUUCUCUCCCCUAAGCAGGAUUCACCUUCUUAGGAAGAAAAGGGUGUCUCUUUUCUCUCUUCUAAUUUUCAGUAUAACCAAAAAUUAUCCCAGGAUGAACAGGGGCAUGCACCCCUCACCCCCUUCCACUCUUGUCCCAGCAGGAAUGGGAUGGGCACAGCUGAAGGGGGGCAUCACCCGUUACUGCCCCCUUCUACACUCAGCUCCCAGAUGUAGAGCAGGAGGGGACACUCUCCUCCUGGCUACUGCAGAGACCCCUGGCCCUUUGGGUAACCUAGUUAGUGAGAAGGGCGCAGGAGGAGAUACAGCUCCACUGCAAGUGGAGGCCUCUUUCUACGAGAGUUCUCUGCCCAAGGCCACAGCCAUCGCAUUCUCUGCUUUCUUGAGAUUCAAACCAAAGGCUGUUUUUUCUAUAUUUAAAGAAAAAAAAGUAAAAACCAAACGCAACACCUCACAAGUUGUAACACUUGGUCCUUCUCUCUCCUUCUCUCUUCCCAUCUUUCUUUCCACAUGUCCUUUCCUUAUUGGCUCUUUUGCCUCCUACUGUUCUCACUCCCUAACAGGGAUAAUUUAAGGGGAUGGUCAAGGGUUGGCUAAGGAACAGACCCUGGGAUCGGAGCUCUUCGGGGCUCUAAGAAGAGUCUACCUUACCCUCUUAUGGGAAGGGAGACCCUAAAAAAACUCCUUUUCUUCCUCCUUUUUCUCCCCCAUUAUGUGGUCUCCCUAAGAGAACCCGAUUGUCAGGGCAGCACACUGUGGGUUGAUUUUACCUCCUUGCCAAUGUAGCAAUAAACAGAUGCUGCCAAGGACAGAGGUUGGGGGAGUUAGCUGGGAGGAGAGUGGUCUCUGGAGAAGGGGAGAGUUUUCUCAACAGCAACCUGGGGAACUGGCUCCUUGUUUCAGAAUGGCAGCAGAGCUGAGAUUGAUACCUGGGGUUCUCCUCAACGGCUCUGAUUAUUGAACCCCUUCCUGUUAGACCUACCCCUACCAUCUCUUCUGUGUCUGCUGUGUAUUUGGUGACACCUCAUAAGGACCAGUCCCUUCUGAGGUAUCAGAGCCUUAGGGUGCCACCAUCCCCUCCCCCAGUCAGCUUUGGCACCUGUAACCUCCUAGAACAUGAAGGACUGUGCUCUGAGGCUACACUCUGAGCCCAUGAGAGCAGAGACUGGAAGGCGAGACCAGGUGCUAAGACGGGGAGAGAAGGGCACUCUGUCUCUCUCCAGACCAUCACUGCACUUUAACCAGGGUCUUAGGUACAAAAUCCUACUUCCUAGAGCCUUUCAGCUCUGGAACCUCAAACACCCUCAUGCUCUCUCUCCCAACUCCUUUUGGAUAAAAAAAUAAUAAAUUAAAAAAAGAAAAAAAUGCAUUGAAACCCACAUGGAGAAAAGAGGUGUUUUUCUUUUGUACUGAUAUUCAAAAUCAACACCACACACACAAAAUUUCUAAAUAGACACUUUUCCAGACCUUUGUCUUUUUGUGUCUGUGUCCAAGCUGCAGGUGAGAUUUUGUAGUGCUUCUGGCAGCUUCUGUCCUUGUGUAAAUAAUAUAUAUAUAUAUUAUAUAUAUUUUUAAUCAGAAGUUAUGAAGAACAAAAACAAAGAACAACAACAACAAAAAAACACUGACGCAAGUGCAAUACCACCUCUCUUCUCCUUCCCAGGGUUUCAUUUGUAGCCUAUGCUUGGUGUCUCCUUGGACCUUAUUCCUUCACCUCCUCCUCUUCCUCUGAUUCCCCGCCCCCUUUUACUUUUAAAAGAGUUUUUCUCCUUUCUCGAGGGGAGUUAAACUAGCUUUUGAGACUUACUGCAAAACAUUUUGUACAUGUAAUAUAUUGUAAGUAAAUAUUUGUGUAACGGAGAUAUACUACUGUAAGUUUUGUACUGUACUGGCUGAAGGUCUGUUAUAAAUAAACAUGAGUAAUUUAACACC